GCUCCUCUAUACACACUGACCCCCAUCCUCACGGCUUCCGGCACCGGCAAUCAUCUCCGGCGACCGAUUGUUUGAGCGAUUUGUUAUGAACAGAGGAUCGGUGAUGAAACUUGCGUUGAAGAAUCGGUGAAUGCUCGCGGAAUUUGAUAGGAAUAGAGCCGGUGGUUAAAAUGAUGGAACAUAAGCGAAGUCCAGUAUCUGUUGAGCAGGGGAGUCUUACUUCUUUGACACCAAAAAGGCACAAGGCUGGUUUAUCCAUCUCCUCCAAGGAAAGAAAAGAGAAGGUUGGUGAACGGAUAGCAGCCCUUCAGCAGCUCGUCUCCCCAUAUGGCAAGACAGAUACCGCUUCUGUACUUCUCGAGGCAAUGGAGUACAUACGCUUUCUUCAUGAACAAGUCAAGGUGCUGAGUGCUCCUUACCUUCACAACAACUCAACAGCUCAAUCUCAGGAAAUAGAUAUGUAUAACCUGAAAAGCAAAGGGUUGAGACUGGUUCCGAUUUCGUAUACAAUGGGAGUUGCGAGCAGCAACGGCGCAGAUAUAUGGGCCCCAAUCAAGACCAAUAAUAAUUCCCCGAAAACGUAGAAGAAAACUGACAGACGAUGUAGAUUUAAUCGGUUAGGGGGAAGAGUUAUAUAUAUAUAUAUAUAUAUAUAAUAUAUAUAUGCAUAGCAAGUCAAGUAAAGCAGCAUCCAAGGAUAAUAAAGCAUCGGAUUAUAGGUAUUCAAAUGAUGGGGGUGUUGUAUAUUGUAAUGAUCUCAAAUGGAGAUAUGAUGAAUAUUACAUGAUAUAUGAUAUGAGAAGCAUAAUAUUAUAUGAAUCUUU